GCGCGGCCGGAGGGAAGCGGAGCGGCGCGAGGCAGCGGCGGUUCCGGGCCCGGUGAGCCCCGUGGCACGGGGGGGUGGCUGCACGCGGCUGGGGAGGCGUGUGCGUGCUUAGGGGUUUGCCUGUGCCCCGCGGCCGUGCGCUUGCACGCCUGCGUGCCGCUGCAGGGGGGUGUCCGCAGGUGUGCCCGAGGGACGCGCUUGCUUGCCUGUGGGCAGCGUGCAAGUGUGCACACACCCACGAGUAGCCGUGUCCAGCACGACGGUGCGCGUACAAAAGCCUGGCGAGCGUGUCUCAGCCUGGCAAGGGGGUUGCGUGUGCAGCCACGCAUGGACGCGCGCACGCCGGUGCCACCCCUGCACGGGGUGCUUAGGAGUGCACACUUGCAAUAGGGGUGCAGGCGCGCGCGGGAGCAGAGUUGCGUGGUACUGGGGCGUAGGUGGGCAAGCCCCACAGAUCCGUGUGAUCGUCCGCAGCUGCAUGUGCAAGAGCACUUCAUCCAGGCGGGGGGCCGAGGGGAGAGUAUUUAUGUAACCCACGGGCUGCUGCAUGUGACAGGCGUGUGCCAGCCCAGCGCGCGCACGCAGGCCGUGCGGGCACGGCUCCGGCUCGUGCGCGCGUCCGUGUGCCCCCCGUGGCGGGAUGCGGCGGAGCGCGGCGGCGUGCUGCGCGCUGCUGCUGCUGGCCGCCGCCCUCUGCGACACGGUGGCCGCCAAGGGCGGGCGCGGCGGCGCACGUGGGGCCGCCCGUGGCGGGGCCCGCGGAGCCACCCGCGGGCGGGUGAAGGCGGCGAGGCCUCGCUACCACCCACCUGGGGCGGUCCUGCGCGUGGCGGGGGCGGCGGCGGCCGGAGCGGCGGCGGGGACCGCGCUCCGCAGGCCCAGGCUAGCUGCCGAGCUGGAGGCAGGCAACGUCGGCGACUACGGCGACGGCAACUGGACGGCUGCCACCCGCGCCUGGACCUCCGCCGCGCCAGCCCAGGAGCCGCCGCGUUGGGCCGUCUCCUGGCUCUGGCCCCUUGCAGCCGCCCUCCACCGCUGACAGGACCCAGACUGCACUUGGUGCGGCCAACAAUGCCACGAGGCCCGGCCACCACACAGAGCCGAGCUCAGUCCCCGGGAAUAGCAGGGGCUCCCAGGCUAUGCCCAAGGCCUCACAGGCCCCGCACCUUCAACCCGUGCCAUAGCUCCUACCGCCCCCUGGCCCCACACCCUCCUACCCGCCUAUGCUCUCUCUCUGCAGGUCUUGGCAGUGCCCACAUGUAGCAGCAAUAAAGCUGGGCGAACGCAGGUGUGGCUAGACAUAGGGCAAGGGAUUGUGGACAAGGGCCUUGGGAAGGCUGUCACCCCAGAAAGCUUUAUUUUGGGAUGGAGGGUACCAAGCAGGCCAACACCACAGCAAGGAAAUUACUCUUGGGGGUCUUGUCACGUUGGAGGCAGCAGCAGCCAUGCCCCAGGCAGGCACUGCAGAGUGUCACCACGCACAGUGACACCACAGGGCAGCUGUCAUGGCACAGCCUCAGCCCGACUGCGGGGAUCCUGUACCUUCACCCCCUCGCAGCAGCCCACGGCCUGAAACUGGGGCCUGUGCUAGUGGAACUACUUCGAGUUGUGCACCACAGCUCUGUGCUGAGGUGUCCCCAGCCCACACAGCUGCAGGCACUGCCUCACCCCCAUGGGACAAGCCUCAGUCCAGUGUCACUCUGCCCAGGCAUCCUGCCCGGAAGUCCCGCAGGAACUGGUAGGCUGCGGCUGUAUAGUUGAGCAUUUUCACAUUGACGUCCCCUGGAGACAGGGGUGACAGGUGUAGAAGGAGGUGGCACAGGAGCUCAGAGCUACUCCAAGAUCCUCAAAAGCUUUGUCCCUGCACCCCACGUGGUAGAAGCUCCUGUCACACUCACCUGUGCCCGUCAGCACCUUCACCUUCUGCACCUGGCCCUGGGCGAGGGCCACGUGCCUCAGCAGUGUCUCGAUGUCAUUGCAGGCCUUGGCCAGCCCAUAGCGCUGAACGUACCUGCCAAGAAAGGUGGCUCACACCCUACACCAUUGUUUCCCCUCCUGCCACUCCCUUGGGGCAGCCGCUCCACCCCCAACUUGGGACCAAGACCUGUUAACACAAGCCUGGGACCCUUCCCAGUUCUCCCAGUGGCUCACUCAAACUGCUGGUGCUUGUUCAGGGCAUACAGGAGGUAGUCGGCCAUGAUGUCCUCCCCUACCAGGUGGUCAUGGAUGGCUCCUGGAAAAGAGAGUCAAACCCCAGCUCCCCCUAGCCCUGCUCCAAGCCCCAGCAUCUACGACAGCCCAUGCUGAUCUGGAGGACUUGCAACCAGCACGCUCCUAACCCAGCCUCAAGUACCAGGCCCACAGGGGAUUUGAAACCCUGUUUGGGGACUGUCCCUGGCCACGACCUCUGCCUCACCACACACUGCCAGCUUUAUGCCUGUCUCCACGUCCUUCAGCCUCGGGGGCAGCACACCAGGUGUGUCCACCAGGUACAUCAGGGGCUUCUCACAGACCUGGGAUGGGGAGGCAGCGCAGUGAGGACAUGCUGCUCAGAACUAGCACCGAAAACUCUGGCGUGGCUAACGAGCAAGACACUGAGCUCUUUCAUUAAGGUCUUGAGGAAAGGGGACCCAAACAGCCCCCUGAGAUCAACUCUGCCUGCCUCAAGGUUUCUCAGAGGUUCUGUAAGAGGAUGUGGCCAGUCAGCAACCAGCACCCACUCAGCUGCCCGUGCCAUGGGGACCAUACCUGGAUUCUGGUUAGCACUGCCUUGGUGACGCCUGGUUCACCACCAACUGCGGUAGCUUUCCCUUUGGGGAAAGAAGAGACACUGUGAAGAGAAGCAAGUGACGGUCCACCCUGCUGCCUGCUCCAACCCUGUGCUGGCUCCCCCUUGACCCUGGGCAUCAGAGAGAAAUACCCUUUUUGAGGUGCAGCCUCCGCAGGGAGUUGAUUAGAGAGGACUUUCCCACGUUGGGCACACCAAUCACCAGGAUGCUGUACUCGUUGCUCUGGAAGCAAGGAGGAUGCAGGCAAGGAACAGCCAGUUAUCGGCCACCCAGCCCUGGAGUGACAGGCAGCCACAUUAGCAAAACAACCUGGCCUUUCCUAGUCAUUUUAGCACGUGUGCUAGCAUCUUUGUCCCUCCAGCUGGAGGUGACCUGCAGAUAAGCCACCUUAAUCCCUGUACGCACGCUGGCAGCCUUGCUGCCAUGUCUCACCUCGGCCCUAUGAUAGCGUGGGCUGUUGGCCACCAGCUUGGCAACCAGGGGAACAAUCUGCAGAGAAACAUGAAGGAGCUGGAACCAUGGCUCUGCACCCAGGCUGGCAGUAGCCAUUGGCUUGGAGAACACUGUGCCCGGAAAAUAUAUGAAGGCCAAGCAGAGGACAGGGUGCCAUAGGAAAACUGGAACUGAAGAUAAUUCUGGGCCAGCUCGCAUCACCUCCUAACACUGAGGCCCUGAGGCCUCUCCAUUUUGCUAGGAGACAGGCACACAGCCCUCAGCUGCCAGCAGCAACAGCCACAGCUGGGUGUGGGGCUCCUGGCUCAUUACCUUCUUGACGUUGCCAUCGUGCUGACAAUCGGUGAAAACAACAUGCGAGCAUCCUUGCUGCUUCAGGUGUUCCAAGGUUGUCUGAAGGGGACAGGCAGAUGCAUUGGUGGCAUUCACAUGCAGUCACCAUGUAGCUCCUCAGCCAACCCUACCUCUGCCCUCACCAGCUGCCGGUGGGGAUCGGCAAGGUCCAUCUUGUUCAGCACAAGGAUGUGUGGGCGGAUGCCCAGCACCUCCUGCAGCUCGGGGUUACGGCCCGACAGAGGGAUGUGGACGACGCUAAGGAGAGUGACUGAUGGUGUGGGAGUUGGU